AAGCCAUUGACUCUUCAAAAAUGGAAUCCUUCGAUCAUCCGUUGAGAAGAUAAUUUCUUAAUUAAACAAUAUAACUGUAAAAAUAGCAGAAAAUUCAGCCGUGCUUGCAUAGUACGAAAUUUCAUUUACAGUUUUAAAACAAUAUAGCCUGGAUAUGUAUAAGGCUACGUGGAAAGUAGACGAGAACGACGAAGCUGUGUUUAUUGAUGCUGAAGAAGAAAUAAAUGCAGACAGUGAGAUGUGCUCCUACAGUAGGUGGUCAUAUUUGCCAGAUCUAGUACUUGAAAAGGUGUUUUCUUAUUUGUCUAUGAGAGAACGUUAUUAUGCGUCCAUGGUGUGCAGAUCUUGGUACAGAGCAUUUCAUCUCCCAUAUGUUUGGUCAACUUUUGUAUUGGAUGAUUCUACUCUGACAAGGAGGAAAUUUAAUUAUUACUAUGGUUGGCAGUAUGUAUUGGAUCACUUGCGAACACAAAUGUGCAUCACAAAUGUUGGUCGUAACUUCCGGCAACUUGUAUUUGGACCCAUGAUGAAUUUUUUUAACCUCUAUGAGUUUAUGAACAUGUUAUCAUACUUUGUUGAGCGACCUCAAGAAGAUCUAGAGAUUGGUACCCACAUUCGAUCAUUGAGGUUCAUCUUUCCUUGUAAUAUGGCUGUGCGAGAUGAGUCAGAACGAGCAAGGAUAUUCGGAACUGGAGGCCGGCUGCUCGAAGCAUUAAAGAAGCUAAUGGGGAACUUGGCAUCAUUACGUCAUCUUGAAUUGAUAGAUUUGAUGCUAGAGCCUCAUGAGGCUCAACAUCUCUUGGAUGAAGUGUGUUCACUUUGCUGUCUGACGCUGCACACACUCAUCUUAAUUAACACAACGAAGCUACAGUAUCAGUUGCUGCAUGCUGGUGUGUUUUUGAACUUACAGGUAUUAAUGAUCAGCCCUCAAAACCUAGGUGAAGAUCUAAUCCAACUGCUGGGAUACACAAAUCUCCGUCACCUACAUGUAAUCCAGAACCGGUACACACCAGGAGAAGUUAACAUUAGACCGAUACCAGCUCGAAUCUGGAGGCAGUGUAGACGUUCAAAUUCCAGUCUCACAGUUCAUCUGGAAGUGGAAGGUGCAAGAGACAGGGAUAUUCUGUGGCAAGAUAAUGCCCCUGUGCACUCAAUACUGUAUGAUUCUCACCACAUCAAGAUGACAUCAGAAUCAGUUCUUACAGCUAUCGACCUGUACCAGUUUGAUCUUCAUGUUUAUGCCCACCAAGGACUUCCAAGGUUCCACAUGCCAAAGUCUUUUCAUGAACGAGUUGACUCCUUGCUUCUGCUGUUGUGUCGGCAGUGUCCUUACCUACACACUCUGAUGGUAAGGGAGCGUAUUUCAACGGCAACCGUACUGCUCAUGGCCCACACCGCACGCAAUCUGCGUUACCUUUUCGUACGUCGCAACGCUGUAAUUUUGCGGUGUGACUGGUCGCAGAGUCCUGACUGGAGCUGUGAGUUCUACCAGUGGCUUCGCUCAGCAUCAAAGUCAUAUGACGCUACAGAGAAAGAAGUGUCACAAAUAUUAGGCUAUACUUGGUUCAUGUUACCAGAUCAACAGUUUAAACUGACACGUAUUAAUCUUCACUACAAACCUUUCUAAAAGGAGAAUUUGGUUCAUACUAUGAGAAAGCAUGUCUACCCAAAAAUGUAAGCUUCAUCUGUGAGAUAAACCGAUGAACUACUUAAUCUUGCAAACUCAUAUCUCAGUAGGAUUUUUAUAAAGAAAAUAAAGUGGAAAGUGUUUUAGUAAAUGUGUUAUGCCAAUUGAGGAAAAAGUAUACAUGAUGCAUAAAUUAGACUUCAUUUUUGGCACACAAAAAAAUGCUGAUAAAUGUAUAUUUUUUGUAUACUGUGCUUUUGCAAGUUUUUUUUUAAUGAUGCUUUUAUUUUACACUUUUGUAACUUGAGGAAGCCUAUUGUAAGUAGUGAAAAUGUUUUAAAUAUCUCAGAAGUACCAAGUUUUGACAGUCUGCUUUGGAGUCAAAUCCUGAGUUCUGAUAAUUUCCUCAUGACCCAGGCUCAAUAUUUUUCAGUAAUGUAUUUUCUCUGCUCAAGGUUUCCUCAGUUUAUAAUAAAAUAAGUUGUUGAGCAGGAAAAUUUCCUGUGAAAGCAAGAUGAGAAGGGUAACAGUUUCUUUAACCUUAAAUAAAGGUUGUGAAUUCAUACAGAGAGCAGACAAAUAUUAUUUGUUGUUGAAGUAUGGAUGUAGACGGUAGAUCUGCUGACAUGAUCUAUGAAGACCUAUUAUAAUUUAAGUUUUUAAAACUAUUUUCUGUAAUACAACAUAAUGUAAUUUUUCUGUGUUAUUGGUUCCUAUUUUGUACACAAAUUCAGUGUUGCCAAAGAAAUUCUGGUACAGCAAAUGAAAAGAAAACAGUACAACAUUUUGUUCUUAACACUUCAAGUGGCGAAGUUCAUCUAAACAGUAUUUAAAAAUUCAGUUGCUACCUCAAAAACACAUCAUAACCCCAUUACAACAAACAUUCAGUUACCAAUGUUUAGGAAACAAAUUACUGUUUAUUCUGAGAACUAACCAAACAUCAUUAAAUGCACUCUGAAGGCAAAAUGCCAAGUCACUAUGUUAUUGUAUAUAGUAUAAAUAACUUACCAGUGUGAUAUUAAAAGUAGGAUAAAAUUAUUCCUAGAAAUUUUAAAUUGCUGCAAAAAUAAUCCUUGCCUAUGAGUUUUAAAUAACUGGGUACUGUGUGAUGAUGUCAAAAUAAUUUAUCUCUGCUGAUGGCUUCAGGAGACUGAUAAAUUGUAAUAUUUUGUCAACAUAGCAGAGUGAUACAUUUAUAGUUGUUGAAUAAAUUAAAUAAUAUGCGUG